AUGAUAUCAGAGCUGGACAUUCGGCCAUCGCCGAGGCCGGAAUCAAAGAUCGCUGCCGCCGGGGAUGACCUCUCCACCACGCGGCCCGACGUGGACCUUCAACCCUCGCGGAAGCGCACACCAUCGAGGUCGGCGAAGCUGUUCCGGCGGGUACGAUCGGUGUUCCGGUCAUUCCCCAUAAUCGCACCGACGUCGUGCAAGCUGCCGAUGCCGCUGCACGGUGGCAUGGGGCGGCCGCACGGGGAUGGGCAGGUCCAUGGGGGCACGCGGAUGACCGGAACCCUGUUCGGAUACAAGAAGGCGAGGGUGAGCCUGGCGAUACAGAAGAGCUCGUGCCGCCUGCCGAUACUGCUUCUGGAGCUGGCGAUUCCAACGAGCAUGCUGCUGGCGGAAAUGAGGGAUGGUAUGGUGAGGAUAGCGCUGGAGUGUGAGAAGCAGGCGGCGUCGGAGAAGACCAUGGUGGUGGAGGAGCCGGUAUGGACGAUGUACUGCAGAGGGAAGAAGAUGGGGUACGCUGUGCGGCGGGAGGCGACGGAGGAGGACUUGGGGGUGAUGAAGAUACUGAAGGCGGUCUCGGUGGGGGUGGGGGUAUUGCCGGCGAGAGAAGCGGCGGAGGGGGAGUACGGGCAGCUGACGUACAUGAGGGCAUGGUGUGAGAGGGUGGUGGGGUCCGAGGAUUCGGAGACGUACUAUAUGAUGAAUCCGGAAGGGAACAGCGGGCCGGAGCUCAGCAUCUUCUUUCUUCGGACAAAAAAAAAUUAUUAA